AUGGAUCCUCCAAACCCAAACCGACUUUGCCAUGACGUUUAUUCCACAAUCCAAAACCCUAAUUCCCUUCCCAGUGCUCCAGGUUUCGAUUUGAUAUUCCAUUUGUUACUGUCGUUUCCGGACUCAUCCUCGCCUUCGUUUGACUCGCCGUCCUCCAUUGAUCAAUUGCUCGACAAAGCUCUCGCCUCCGCUUCCUCCGAUGACUUGGUUCAGAAUAGCAUCAUCGAUCGUACCAUCAAACUCCAGUUGCUUCUUCUCGAGUCCACUAGACGGUGCUUCCGCAAGCGAGCUUCACUUCACAAUUCCAAUUCUUGGUUACUUCCUCCAGAAAUCACUAUCAAGGUGUUUUCGAAGCUUGAUACAAAGUCUCUAGUGCAAGCCAUGUCAUGCUGCACCAUGUUCCAAAAAUGUGCCAUGGACCCUUUCUCUUACUCUCACAUCAACUUGACUACUACCUCUGUCAGCAAAGUUGAUGAUGAAGUUGUGCGUACCAUGAUCUGUCGGGCUGGAAAAGAACUCAGAUCCCUUGAACUUGGUCAUGUUGUUCCCCCAUAUAAUGAUGUCUCUACUACGCCUUUGCUUACCGGAAAAUGUCUUGCCCCGCUACCCGAUAAUGAUGGGUUUAUCGGUGGUUCGGGAGAUAGCUGCAAAGACAGUCUGCUCGAGACUCUAAUAUUGCGUGACUGCGAUUCUCUAGAGGAGAAAGAAGUUUUGCAGUUUCUGAAUUCGCUAUCCACAGGAAACUUCAGAUCCAUGAGGCACAUUAUUUUGGUGCGAUCAAUGGGAUAUACUCAAAUGGAAUUUGAAGGAGAUAACCAGCUAGUCAAUCAGAUAAUUGUAGAGCCACGCCGAUUCGAUCAUCUCCUCGCUCCUUUCGUUCCCGGACUCCUCCCCGAUCUCCAUUUCCAGUACCUUCGAUCGAGUCCUCGACGAUGCUCUCGCCUCCGCUUCCGGCGAUGUCUCCGUUCAGGAUUCUCUCGUGGAUCGCACUCUGAACUCGCGUCGCUUCUUCUAGACUCCACUAAACGAUGCUUCCGGAAGCGAGCUUCUCUCCACAAUUCCAAUUCCUGGUUCCUCCCUCCCGAACUCACCAUUAAGGUGUUUUCGAUGCUUGAUACAAAGUCUCUGAUGCAAGCGGCUGCGUGCUGCACAAUGUUCAACAACUGUGCGAUGGACCGUUUAUCUUACGCCCACAUCGACUUGACAACCGCUACAAAGCAAACUGACAAUGGAGUUGUGAAUACUAUGAUCCACCGGGCUGGAAAAGAACUCAGAACUAUCAAGCUUGGAAGUGUUACUCGCUCAACUGGAUCUGAUUCUUCUCCAACUUUGGUUCCAGGGCCUCUUCUUGCCCCACUAUCCUAUAAUCAUGGUUUUCUUGGGAGUCGCUUGAGAAGCCUGCAGCUUUACAAUCUUAGACAAGGGAACUACAAUUCCGUGACUGAGGUGUUGUCAGUUUGUCCAAAUAUCAUUGAUCUGAGGAUUGUUGGAUUGUGUUCUCCAUAUAUGCCGCUAUUGAAGUCUUUUGCAGAAAAAUGUCGUUUGAUAGAGCACAUUUGCUUAGAGACCUAUGGAUUGCCAGGUGCAGUAGACUUUAAAACAGGGUCACCCUUGUUAGAGUUUGUGACGAACUCCCCCAAGUUAACUUCCUUAACGCUCAUAGGUUUUAGACUAACCGAAGAAAUGGCCCGAAAGCUUGUUGAGAGUUGUCGUAAGCUGAAGUACCUGAAUUUGUCUAGAUCGCCAACAAUCAAGGGUCGUUUUCUGAGGGAUUUGGGAUAUAGCUGCAAAGACAGUCCACUGGAGACUAUAAUAUUGCGGAACUGCCAUUGCCUACAAGAGAAAGAAGUCUUGGAACUCUGUAACUCAAUACUCAAAGGAAACUUCAAAUCCAUUCGGCACAUUGAUGUUUCAAAUAACCGCGGCUUAGAUAUUGAUUUCGGCGACAGAUCUUACAAACCAAAGUUUCCUCUAGAGAAGCUGAAAGAAGAAAGACCAGAUGUCACAUUUGUAGCGGAUUUUCCAUUAAAAGGGUCAGAAAAGCGUUACCGUAUGUGCGCUGGUUUGGAUGAAGAAGAGUUGAGGUUGAUAGAGAUGAUGGAAGCCGAGAACGAAGAUGAGUCUGAAGACGAUGACGAUUCAUACGAUGAGGUUGACUCGGACGAGGAGAUCCUUUUAUAA